ACGCCUAACUCCAAAAUGCAACCAUUAUGGGGGCCUCGAACGAAAAGGAACCCAGAGUUACCGUCAAACUUACUGGCCAUGGCAGUGGGAAUAAAGCAGAAAGAAAGCGUAAACAAGAUUGUAAUGAAGUUUCUGUCAAGUAAUUUUGUUGUGAUGCUUUUCCAUUACGAUGGGAAUGUGAAUGAAUGGAGGGAUUUAGAAUGGAGUAACCAUGCCAUCCACGUGUCCGCUAGUAAUCAAACAAAGUGGUGGUUUGCAAAGCGAUUCUUACAUCCAGAUAUUGUUUCCGAAUAUGCUUACAUAUUCCUGUGGGAUGAAGAUCUUGGAGUUGAAAAUUUUAAUGUUGGAAGAUACAUACCAAUUAUAAAAGAAGAAGGGCUUGAGAUAUCACAGCCAGCACUUGAUUCUGAUAAAUCUGAGGUGCAUCAUCUACUCACUGCCAGAGACCACAAAUUAAAAGUGCACAGGAAGAUUUUCAAGGUGAUUGGUGGAAGAAAGUGUGACAAGAACAGCACAGAACCUCCAUGUACAGGGUGGGUAGAGAUGAUGGCCGCUGUUUUCUCAUUGGCAUCAUGGCGCUGUACAUGGCAUAUUAUUCAGAAUGACUUGGUUCAUGCAUGGGGGCUAGAUUUCCAGCUUGGUUAUUGUGCACAGGGUGAUCGAACCAAAAACAUUGGAAUUGUGGAUUCUGAGUAUGUAGUUCAUUAUGGUCUUCCUACGCUGGCAGGAUUGGCAGCAAAUGAGGUUAGAAACUUUAACAGACUAAACAAAAAUCUACAAAUCACUUGGCUUGAAGUGAGAAAGCAAUCCUUUAUUGAAUUAGAGAUCUUUAAGAAUAGAUGGAAAAAGGCAGUUAGAGAGGAUGAUUGCUGGAGUGAUCCAUAUCAAAAGCCAUAGCCAAG